AAAGUGAGCAAGAUCCUGGGCCACCCUCAGUACAACGGAAACACCAUUGACUACGACUACUGUCUGUUGAAGUUGGCCUCACCCGCGGCCGAGAGCGACGGCGUUCAGUUCGCAACACUGGCCAGUAGUAGUCCGGCCGACGGCGCCAACGCCCUGUUGACCGGUUGGGGCAAAACGUCCGGCUCGUCGAGCGCACUGCCCACCGCACUCCAGGCCGCCAACUUCGCUAUUGUGAGUCAGGCCAAGUGCCACACUUUGUGGUCCGAUGUGAACACGGUCACUCCCCGUAUGAUUUGCGCCGCGCAUCAAUCGGCCAGUGGUUGCAAUGGUGAUUCGGGUGGCCCGCUGAGCGUGGGUAAUGAGUUAGUCGGUAUUGUCUCGUGGGGUUCAAAUGGGUGUCCGGCCGACACCACUAAGCGGCCAACGGUUUACGCCGAUGUGGCCAAUCAGCGAACGUGGCUCUCGCAGACUGUCGCUUAAAAGCAGUUUGGUGAAUGUAGCUACAAAAUAAUAUUACUAUACGGAAUAAAAAUAUACAUGGUCUGGUUUUGGACACGAUUAUCGAUAUUGUUGCCUUUUCUGUAUUAAUUAAUACCGGCC